CUACUUCCGUUUCCUACAUUCCAUCAGUAUAAUUGUUGACACCAGCAACCGUUGUGUGUGAAGAUCUAAGCUUCUUGACUGUUGCGUCAAGUCGUUGAACUAAAAAUGAGCCAACGGCCACCUACAAGUUCCAACCGGCCAACGACUGGCCGGGCUAUAGGAACAGCCAUGGGGCGGCAGCCAGGCACAGCUACACGCUUAACCACUGCUAUGAAUCCUGGAACAGCAAGACCCGGUACUCGGGGUGGCCAGGUGGCAGGGGGUGUUGCCCUGAAUGCACAAGUUACUGUUGUAGAUCGACCAACAACUCAGCAAGGUCUUGGAGGCAUGAAGACUGCCGCUAGAGGUGGUAGACAAGUUCAGGAUAAAAGCUAUUAUCUGGGUUUAGUGAGGAGUAAAAUUAACGAUCUGUAUGCUGAAAAUGCAAGGCUGAAUAAAGACAUUGAGAAUGCAAGUGAUGAAAAUUCAAGCUUCUUGUCUUAUGAAAAGAGAGCUGAGGCUUUGGCCUCUGAGAUCAGAGACCUGCAAGGGGAGCUUGGGGACUACAACACGCUGGUCGAUAAACUGACAACAGAUGAAGAUAUUCAAGAUGUAGAAGCCGACUGUGAAGCACUGAGAUCUGAAAAUGACAGAAAUGCCAAGAGAAUGGAAGAUGGAUUUGAAAUGAAGAAGCAACGUGAAGACCAGAUCCAGAAUUUGGAGACUGAGCUGGAUCAGGAGAAAAGAAUGGCAGAUAACCUUGUCAACGACAUGAACCCCGACCUGCGUCAGAGGUACGUCCAGCUCAAAGACCUGAAUGAGCAUCUGCUGAGACAGCUGGAGAGUGGCCAACAAGAAAAGGAUACUCUCAACUCCAAGAUUGAAAACCUGCAAGAGGAGUUGUCCUUGUCCCAAGUCAAGCAAGAGGCUGUCCGACUCUACGAUCAGCUUCAUGAGUUGGAGAUUAAACGUGAUGGGCUGGUGGAAGAGGCAAAGAGCAAAGGCUCUCCUGCUGAGGAAAGAGAAAAGUUGCUCAAACAAGUGAAGGAAGACAACCAGGAGAUUGCCAGUAUGGAGAGACAAACUCGGGAGCUUCAAGAGAAAAUUGAAGGAAUGCAAGACAACAUUCAACAGCUUGACCUUGACAUUGAAGAAAAUCAAGGAGAGAGAAAUCAAAAGUACAAGGAGUUGAAAAAACGUGAAGAAAGCAUGGAUGAAUUUUUGGCUACAUUCGAAGAAAACAAAGCAGAUGAAGCUAAAAAAAUCUCAGAAAUGGAACAGGGUAUUGUCACCUUACUGGAGACUAUGAGUCGGAACAUGGGCCGCUUCACACACCUGCCUACCCCUAAGGAGCUCAUGACCAUGAAGGCGGAUCUGCAGUUCAAGGAAGAUGAGAGGCAGAAGUCAGAACGCACAACUCUAGGGCUGGCUGCAGAAAGAGAAAAGCUUCAGCAUGACCUCCAGAAGAUGGAACAGUUUGAGGAAAAACUCAACGAGGAGCUGAAUGUGCUGCGGGAGCGAGUGGUGGAGAUGGAGAAGGAAUUGGAGGUCUACUCUAACUUGGAUCAGCUCAGAUCUGACUCGGACACAAAGAAACAGAAAUUGAUGGAUGAUAGAAUCAUUCUUCAGAAGAGACGAGACAAUUUCAAAAAGAUGAUUCAGGCUCUUACUGUGCGCUAUGAAGGACUCAAGUCACAACUCAAUGAGAAUGAGACAUACUCACAGCUGUGCAACUUGGAGAAGAAAUGGCAACACCACGAACAGAAUAAUUUCUCCAUGAAGGAAUUUAUCUCUCAAAGGACCAUGGAGUGCGACUUCAACAAGCUCAGCAAAAGAGUGCAAGGAUCUUUGGAUGACUUCAACGCAAUGCUCCAGUCUCACAUGGCAAACCAGAGAACAUAUUAAUGCCUUGACUUCCUUAGCUGUAGUUGUAAUUUUAAAAAAGAAAAGUUUCUCCAUCUUUAUUUCACUAUGCUGAAUUAAUAAUGAGCCAGCAGUGAUGAAAUUGUUUGGUGAAGAAGUCAAACUUUUUGGUUCAGAAAAUAUAAUUGAAAGAAAUUUGAAUAUUGUGAUUUUUUUUCUUCUAAAUUUGUUUUGGUUACAAUUUUUCUUUAUUAGCUAUCAUAAGAACUUUUGACAUAUCAUCCAUGUUGCAUUUGCUGUGAUAUUCUUCGAGCGCUAAGUUUAUGAUUAUUCAUUUGUAAUUUAUCUUGAUAGCACCUGUUAGCUGUUUGCUCUCUCUCUUGUUGAAGUAAAUGUUUUCUUCAUCUUCUGUCAAAAGAUAAUCUACUCCUACUUGCACUUGUGACUGAACUCACUUUUGUCAUACCAUGUCAUAGGCCUCAUAUUUCAUGCAAACAUUUUCAUCUUUUGUAAGUUUACAUCUCUGUAAUGUGUAUUACUAAUGUAUAAGUUAUCCCCGUUGCAAGGGAAAUGGGUUUACUCCAUCUGAGUAAAAAGUGUAAGAGCCGCUCUUUUUUUUGUGACAAUGGUGAAACGAAUGAUCAUUCCUGCAGAUUAAAAUUUUUUUUAUCAA